GAACUAUCGAUCCUUGAGUUUGCAUCUAUUCCAAGGUAAUAUAAUAUUUCCCCAUAACAUCAAAUUAUUGAAAUAGGAAAUGGUUAUAAAUCAAAUCUUUCUAUAAGAGAUAAGGACAUAUCUUUGAGCUAAAUAUAAUAUAAUUAUCGAUAUACAUAAUACAUAAACCCUAGGACUCUAAUCAUAUCGUUGUAUAAGUAGCGCAGUACAAACACACACAGUUCAUCAGAACGAAUACAAAUCUUUGAAAACGAUACCUCUGGAGCGAUGUCCCUAACCCGCCGCAUUAACCUUGUGGUUGGCCUCUCAAAGUCUCUACAAUUCUCAAAUCGUCGUCACAUGUCCACCGGCGUGGCCUCAGCUACCGUGGCACGCUACCCGCUUGGAAAAGACCUCUCCUGGCUUCCCAGGAACCCGACGUCCGAGGAUGUAAACCGGGCGGCGGAUCUCGUAAAGGGGCGUCCGGUUUCUCUGCUAUACAGAGUCUUGACGAUGAUUGAGCUUUCAGAUGUCGACGGAGCCGUUGAGUUGGCUCGUCUCUGUGUCUUGAAAGACGAUAGUCGUCGCCACGACACCAUCCUCAUAUGCAACGCCGUCAUCGGGGCCAUGUGCCAAGCGAAACGUUUCGAACAAGGCAUCGGUCUGUUCCAUUACUUCUUCAACGAGAAUAACAUCGUCCCUAACAUCGCCUCGUUCAACUACGUGAUCAAAGCCUUUUGUGAGCUAGGCCGUGUCGACGACGCCCUUCAACUCUACCGUCACGCUGCUCGGUUCGGUCCCGACAAAGAGACAUUCAGUCUUUUGACUCAAGCCUUGGUCCACGCCUAUGGCUACGAGGAAGCUGGAAUAUUCGUGGGAUUAAGUAGAUGCUUAACUACGGCGGAUGAUUGGACGCCCAUGCUCAUUGAGAUUCGUGGGCGCUUGGAUCAGAUGAAUGCUGAAGAUGCUGAUGAUUACUUUCACACGAAUAGGCUGAAGUUCGAUGAUGAUGAUGAUGAUGGAGUUUUCAAAUCGAUUGCUACGAUAUUUGUGGAAUAUUGGCUCAAACAUGGCAAUGAAGAGAAAGCAAUGGAGUGCUAUAGCACUAUCCGUACUUGGGAAAGCUUGCCUGCCACCACCGGGAACACCCUUUUAAGGAUUUUGCUAGAAAAUUGCAAGAGAACUGAGGCUGGGGCCUUGAUCGAAGUAAAUGCUAAGGACUUGUACCACAACAUGUUGAAAAAACACAAACGUUUUGAUUCAGAGACCAUUAACAUAAUGGUGGACUACUGGUUCGAUAUUGGCGAGGUUAACAAGGCCAUGGAGACAUUCAACGAGUCACAACAGGGAAGAAAGAGGAUGGUUCGGUGUUAUUGUAACGUGGUCGCUAGGCUUUGCGAGCGUGGGAUGAUGUCGGAGGCUGAAGGUUUGUUUGAGGACAUGUGUUCAGACAAAGACUUGUCUCCUCCUGAUGUGUCUACAUUCAGAUCCAUGGUCAAUGGAUAUGUUCGCGCUGGAAGAGUUGAUGACGCCAUCAAAACCUCGAACAAAUUAGCAAUUUUGAAACUGCGCAAGGUUUCUAUUUAUGAGGACUGAUGUUAAUUUACUUCCCUAAUUAAGAGUUACUACUUGUCGCUGUAUCGUUUUGCUUUUUACCUUGCUGUAGUUUGCGUUGACUAUUGCUCUCA